ACUUGCUACUCACCACUUAAUCUGCUUUACACUACGCUUCACUUGUACUACCAUGCUUUCCUUACCUUCUCUCCAACCCCUCUUUGCUGUCUAUCCUGCCGGCCUCGCGGUGACAUGGACGCCGGCGCCGCGAAGCCGCGGGCGCGGCGCCUCCGCGUCGCGCUCCUCGCCUGCGGCAUUGCGUCCGCCGCCGUCGCCGCGGUCCUGCUCGCCGUGACGCUGACCGUCUUCCGCGUCCGCGAGCCCGUGAUGACGAUGAACGCCAUCUCCGUGAAGGGCUUCGGGGGGGCCGCCGCCGCGGCGCCCACGCCGGGAGGUGGAGGGUCGCCGCCGCUGCUGCUUACCGUGGUGGCGGACGUGUCGGUGAAGAACCCGAACGCGGCGUCGCUGCGGUACCGCGGCAGCGAGACGGCGGUGUACUACCGCGCGGCGAGGGUGGGCGGCGCCGAGGGCCCGCCGGGCACGGCGCGCGCCCGGCGCACGGUGCGGCUGAACGUGACGGUGGACGUCGCCGUCGGCGCGCUCCUGGGCGACCCGGGCUUCCUCGGCGACGUCGCGGCGGGCGCCGUCGCGGUGACCACGGCCACGACGGUGCGCGGGCGCGUCGCGGUGCUCGGCGGCGUGGUGCGCCGGCGCGUGGUGCUGGAGAUGAACUGCACGGCGACCAUCGCCGUCGCCGACAUGUCCAUCCGCAACCAGAGCUGCCUGCACCGCGUCUGGUUGUGACAUCGUCCACUAGGAGCACAUUUACUUCCGGUAAAUUGUUCAUAAAAAUUGUUAUUUACGCAUGACAAACAUCAGCCAGUAAUCCACUCUUUAAUGAAUAAUAGCUGCAAUGAAUUCUUUUUUCAACGUAUGCAAAAUAGUUGGAUUAAAUCAAUCAGAAAUUCGUCUCAAAAAAAAAAUCAAUCUGAGACUAACGAUACACACAUUGAACUAUGCACGAGAGGUCGAUUACAUUUUGUCCGUCAGUUCUUUUGAAGAUGCUAAUAGGGUGAGUGUACGAUUACGUAUAUAAGCCAAGGAUAUAAG